CACAAUAUAUACACAGGGUGAUUCAAAAGUCACAGUAUGCCCCUUUUAUUUCAGAAACUAAAGUAAAAUCAGGAGAUUUUUGCUAGAUGGAAGUAGAAGUGAUGAUACUAAUGAUAUUUAUUACUAUUUAUUACUGAUUUUACUAAUAUGAUGCUCUGAGAGGUUAUGCAAAGUGAGAACAGUGUUUAUUUUCUUUUGUAUCUAGGAAGAAUAAUCUGUAUCUAGCAUGAAGAAUAUGGUUUAAUUUGCUUUAAUUUCUGAUAGUGAUUAUUAAACACUGAAUGUUUUAGAAACAGUGACUGCAACCACUACCAGAAUUACAACAAUCACAGAGACAACUCAGCCGUCUUCUUCUACUGGUGAACACCUACAUCUGAACAUCUCCACAAGGCGGCCAAGUCAACCUGCCUCAUCCUCAUCACCUGCAUCUCAACCUACACAGAGUGAUGCUCCAACAGGGUUUUCUGAUUUGGCAGUGUACUCCUGCAUUAGUGCUGGUUUGCUGUUGUUCACAGCUGGUGCUAUGACAGUAAUCUACUGCAAAAUAAAAAACAAAGGUCCAGAAACUAUCCUACGACCAUCUAGAAUGACUGAAGAAAAUGCCAACAUAUAUUACAACCGAAGUCCCGAUCCUGACACCAACCAAUCAGAUUCAAUCUAUCAGAGUAUGGAGACAAACCCCAACCAAUCAAAUUCAGUCUAUCAAAGUAUGACGACAAACCCCAGCCAAUCAGAUUCAGUCUAUCAAAGUAUGACGACAAACCCCAACCAAUCAGAUUCAGUCUAUCAAAGUAUGACGACAAACCCCAGCCAAUCAGAUUCAGUCUAUCAAAGUAUGACGACAAACCCCAACCAAUCAGAUUCAGUCUAUCAAAGUAUGACGACAAACCCCAACCAAUUAGAUUCAAUCUCUCAGAGUAUGGAGACAAACCCCAACCAAUCAGAUUCAAUCUAUCAAAGUAUGACGACAAACCCCAACCAAUCAGAUUCAGUCUAUCAAAGUAUGACGACAAACCUCAACCAAUCAGAUUCAGUCUAUCAAAGUAUGACGACAAACCCCAACCAAUCAGAUUCAGUCUAUCAAAGUAUGACGACAAACCCCAACCAAUCAGACUCAGUCCAUCAAAGUAUGACGACAAACCCCAACCAAUCAGACUCAGUCUAUCAAAGUAUGACGACAAACCCCAACCAAUCAGACUCAGUCUAUCAAAGUAUGACGACAAACCUCAUCCAAUCAAACUCAAUCUAUCAGUGUAUGGAGACAAACCCCAACCAAUCAGAUUCAGUCUAUCAAAGUAUGACGACAAACCCCAACCAAUCAGACUCAGUCUAUCAAAGUAUGACGACAAACCCCAGCCAAUCAGAUACAGUCUAUCAAAGUAUGACGACAAACUCCAACCAAUCAAACUCAAUCUAUCAGUGUAUGGAGACAAACCCCAACCAAUCAGAUUCAGUCUAUCAAAGUAUGACGACAAACCCCAACCAAUCAGACUCAGUCUAUCAAAGUAUGACGACAAACCCCAGCCAAUCAGAUACAGUCUAUCAAAGUAUGACGACAAACUCCAACCAAUCAGACUCAGUCUAUCAAAGUAUGACGACAAACCCCAACCAAUCAGAUUCAGUCUAUCAAAGUAUGACGACAAACCUCAAACAAUCAGAUUCAGUCUAUCAAAGUAUGACGACAAACCACAACCAAUCAGAUUCAGUCUAUCAAAGUAUGACGACAAACCUCAACCAAUCAGAUUCAGUCUAUCAAAGUAUGACGACAAACCCCAACCAAUCAGAUUCAGUCCAUCAAAGUAUGAUGACAAACCCCAACCAAUCAGAUUCAGUCUAUCAAAGUAUGACGACAAACCCCAACCAAUUAGAUUCGGUCCACCCAAGUCUAGACCCCACCUCAACCAAUCAGAUAUACUCUACCAGAGCCUGGAGACAAACGCCAAAUUAGGUUCCGUCUACUUGCGUCUAGACCCCACGAGCAACAAAUCAGAUUCAGUCUACCCCAAUCUGAAACCAACCAACCAAUCAAUCAGUUUCUAAGCCCCACCAGAGCCUAAACCCCAAAACCAACCAAUCAGAUUAGGACUCCAGAGUCUACAUUUAACAGUUGUAUUAAUGUAUUUUUUAAUUAUGCACUCUGUCUUUGUUUCUCACUUUUAAAUGAUGUAUAACUUACAAACUAAACACAUACAUAUCUGUAAUUACACAACUAUAAAUGUAUACUCUUAAAUGAUACAAUAAUAAACAAUUCUAUUGAGCAAUGUAUUAAACUGCUAUGUUGAAUGAAGAAAUAAAACUAAUCUUGUGUUAAA